GUCCCUGGCAAUUUCCACGUGUCCACACACAGUGCCACAGCCCAGCCACAGAACCCGGACAUGACACACGUCAUCCACAAGCUGUCCUUUGGGGAUACGCUACAGGUCCAGAACGUCCAUGGCGCCUUCAAUGCUCUCGGGGGAGCAGACAGACUCACCUCCAACCCCCUGGCGUCCCACGACUACAUCCUGAAGAUCGUGCCUACAGUGUACGAGGACAAGAAUGGCAAGCAGCGGUACUCCUACCAGUACACGGUGGCCAACAAGGAGUAUGUCGCCUAUAGCCACACAGGCCGCAUCAUCCCUGCCAUCUGGUUCCGCUAUGACCUCAGCCCCAUCACGGUCAAGUACACAGAGAGACGGCAGCCACUGUACAGGUUCAUCACCACAAUCUGUGCCAUCAUAGGCGGGACCUUCACUGUGGCGGGCAUUCUGGACUCGUGCAUCUUCACAGCCUCAGAGGCCUGGAAGAAGAUCCAGCUGGGCAAGAUGCACUGACAUCCUGCCCUGCCAAUGGCCGAGCACCCAGGGAGACCACCUGCCCUGCUCCAGCGCCCUGUCUCCCUCUGCCCUCAGGCCUAGGAUCUGGCUGCAUCCCAAAGUGUGUGUGGGAGGUGGGGGGGCAGGGGUGGCUCGGGUUCCUCAGCUACCUCUUUUUCCCCAUGUUUAAUUUUAGAUAAAUUAAACCACCUGAACCUAUAGUGUUCCUUUCCCUGGGAAGCCCCAGAGUCAGGUACAGAGGGUUACUCCAGGGAUACUGGGGACCUUUCCUGGGAGGGCAGCAAUCCCCUCUUGGGAAACAGUCCAGAGUCCCCAACUGCCAGCUCCCACCCAGGCUUUGACAAUCUCGCAGCCCCUGCCAUUUGGACACAGUCCCCACUUGGUUUCUCCCCGGGUAGCCAGUUUGAGGUCCCAGCAUCAGGAUCUCACUUCCACCUGGCGCCUUCAACAAAGGAUGGUACUUCCCAGGCAAGCCCCUGAGAUUUGCCACUGUGGCUGCAACUCUCACUUCUGCCCCAUCCCUUCCUGCCCAUCCUAGAGCCCAGGCCUCAUGUUCCUUGUCCCCACCCAUCCUAUUCUUCCAAGAAGCAGAUACCCAGUAGCUUGGCAACAGUGGUGGAGAUUCAGAUCUGCCCACCAGUCAGGAGGCAGGUCUCAGAUACCCCUUCCUUUCUUGUCCUUAUUCCUCUGAACAAACUCCCCCCCGCCCCACACACACCAAUGUGCCUCGGCUGCUGUGCUGUGUGGCAACAGCAUUUCUUGGUGGAGAGGCUGGCUCCCACUCCAGGCCUUCCCACCACUCUGUGGGCUCUGCAAGGGCAGGGGUGGGAGUUGUGUAACUGGAAACAAUCCCUGGAGAGCCACAUAGACAUGAACUGUGUACUGAAUGUCCACGUGGAACUAUCCUUCUCCGUAACCCUCAAAAAUCAUGGCUGGGCUUCUCCCAGACAGCUACCAUCGGUCCCAAGGCCUUAGCUGUGUGGAGCAAAUGGACCUGCCCUUCUCUUUAGACUUUUGCCUUCCAGACUCCGCAGGGGCUCUGAGCAUUUGACCGUCUCUGCAGCCCAUUUUGGCCCACUUGACAUAGAUUUCCCAUUGGCUAAUCACACACCAACACAUUCCCAGCCCACUAGGGGGCUCCAGUGUGUCCCCACUUGCUCCCCAGGUGGGUCCCUACUCUGCUGCUCCCCCUCAUCCUUCCCUUUUUGUCCUAAAAGGGAGAGCCAGUGGUCCAGGCAUGAAUUCCACCCAGGGAAUUUUAGCUAUGCCCUCACGUCCCAUGGAGAGAGCCACCUGCCUGUUUUUCAUUUAGAUCAAGAUUGUUUGCAUACUUUUGUAAUGAAGGGGAGUUUCCAGUAGAAGGAUUUUUUAAAACUAUCUAUAUGGACAGCUCACAUCUCUGCCAUUUGUAAUUUUUGGCUUGAAUUCCAAUUAGCAAAGCUUCCUUUUUUGCAUAUGAGUUGAGUGAUGCGCUCAUGGACUGCCUUUGGUUAUUUCUGGUGUCUGUGGCAACUUGGAUGGAAUUUUUUUUUACAUUCUGUUCCCCACUUACAGAAGGAGUCCCUUUGGUGUGUGAAUAUGU